AUGCAAUUAGAAGAUCUUGCAAAUGAACUCAUCUAUGAAAUUUUUGAUUAUCUCGAUACUUGUCAUGUUUACGAAGGUUUUUUCAAUCUUAAUACACGAUUUCAAAAUAUUCUUAUCGAUUCAACCUUUCCUAUUCACAUCAAUAUUUCACUUAUAUCUAAAUCGAAAUUUCACCGUUAUUAUAUUGAUUUCAUUCAACGUAAUAAACAUCGAAUUCAAUCACUUCAUUUAUCAGAUCCUUUCACUAUCGAUUUCUUUUCUUCAUCAACAGCAGAUAUUACAAAAUGUUCUCAACUUCAAACACUUGUUUUAAAUGAAAUUGAUUCACAAAGUCUAGAAAAUCUUCUUAUCGGUUUAACUUCUUUGAACAAUCUUUCUUCAUUAUCUAUUCAUGUUGGUCGUGAUUCAAAUAAAAUUACUAUUUACAAUCUGAUAUUUCAUUUAUCAAUAUUAAAACAUUGCAAAAUAUCUUUCGAAGAGAAUGUUCCAUUAGAAUAUUUGCCUAUGUCUAAGAGUCCAUCAAGUUCUAUUGAACAUCUUAUUAUUAAUGAUAACUAUAAUCUGAAUGAAGUUGAGGCUAUUUUAUCAUAUGUUCCUCAUAUUCGUCGUUUAUCCAUCGAAUACCAACAUAGACCUUAUCCACAAGCAGCACUAAUAUUUUUAACGGUAUUAAAUAAUUUAACACAUGUUUGUGUCACAGGAGACAGUCUAACAAAUGUUGGCAUCGAACAAUUUAUCAAAAACUAUUUUCGCCAGAUUAAAGUGUUACACAUUUCGGCAAAUCAGUCUUUGUCAUAUUCUGGCACAUGGCUAAAGCCAAUUUUAUCUUAUUUACCGCAUGUACAUGUCUUUGACUUUGCUGAUAGGGAACUGCAAAGUGGUCCCGGUCCCGGUCCCGGUCCCGGUCCCGGCGGGACCGGGACCGGGACCGGGACCAAAAUUUGA